UCAUUCUUGACCCACUCAUCUUGUAUCAGCAGUCUUCUUUUAUUUCUACUCUGAUGGCCAACACACAUAGAUGUGAACCUCAGAACUACUACUCCUUGGACUGCCAACCCAACGUGUCUAAAAAAAUUGCCGGCCCUACAAUUUUGACAACAGGCGUAUGUAAAAAAAGCCCCUUCUUCACCUCGCCCGUCAUCGCUUUGCCCGUCACCGAAUCGCCCGUCAUCGCUUUGCCCGUCAUCGCUUUGCCCGUCGUCGAAUCGCCCGUCAUCGCUUUGCCCGUCGCCGAAUCGCCCGUCAUCGCUUUGCCCGUCGCCGAAUCGCCCGUCAUCACUCUGCCCGUCGCCCCAUCUUCCCCUCGCCCGGUCACCCCGUCGUCGCAUCGUGGUCGCCCGGUCGCCCCGUCUUCGCCUCGUGGUCGCCCCGUCAUCGUGGUAUCAUUGUUUUAUGUAAUGUGUGUGUGUGUUAAGUGUAGUGCUAAUUAACCCGUUGGCUGCCACCCACUUUGAUCCCCCCUUUUUUUAGCUUGUUAGGGUCCGGCAGCGCUGUUCUGCCCAAUGGUCUAUAUGCCAUGGGUGGGACAGUUGCACAAGCCGUGUGGCUCAAAGUCGAUCGUCGAGGCAAUGCACCAUUAGGAACUCCCCCUUGUCGAUGCGGUGAUGGUUGCCUGGGGUGUGCAUUCCCGUAAUGGCUUCCAUCAUCGUGUCAGCCCGGACUUGUCUUCGGACAAGUCCCCCUUGGUCGCGAUCUUUCUGAUGGCGAUGUAGCUAGCGUAGUAUGUAGUGGCGUGGCAGCCAACGGGUUAGUUGUAUUUGUGUAUGUAUGUAUUGUAUAUUAUGUUGUAUUGUAUUAUGCUGUAAACCAAGUGGUGGAAUUGUGGGUGGAUGGAGGGACAAUAAAAGCUUUUUACAUCUA